GCAUCACCCAGCACCUGCGCAGAAGCGCGGCGGACUUUUUGUUUAUGUUUGAAAUUGACUCAGCGGCGUUUUCACGGUAUUUUUAAUAACUUCACAAUGAGGUUUCUUUGAUCAAUUCACGGUCGUUAUCAAGAAAAUCUGUUUGCAAGACGCAAGUUCUGCCGCCGACUAGCGUAAGUUUUGCUGUAGAGUGAGAACAAGUAGAGUAACGUGCUGUACCCAGUGAGCAUAACGUGAAACUCCAAGUGAUCAUCACCCAUCGAAGUCAGCGUUACAUGCCAUCAGAGGACAAUGCCACCUUCAAUGACUUCCAAGCGGGCUUCAGCUGCAGCAUCAAAGAUAAAAAAUAAGAUGCACAACACCUCCUCCUUCUUCAAGGUCUCUUUGAAGACCAACAACAAGGCCUUAGCUGUUGCGUUGGAGGCACAGAAGGAGAGGAGCAGGCAGCUGGAGAUGGAGAUUGUGUACCUGCAGAAACAAGUGGAGGCCCUGUGCUUUGAGUUGGCCACCAAGAAAUACAAGCACAGGAAACUGCUCCCCAUCUUGAAAAAUCUCCAUAGCAACACUCUGCUUCACUUGGACAUGGUGGCUGACCUUUUCUCUGACAGUGAUCUCCCUAAACUAUCUGACAAUUACAAGUCUGAUGACAUCAACAGUGAAAAUCCUCCAAUCAGAAGUCUUCCAGAUGAGUUACCACCUCAGCCAGAAAUGUCAAGGGAAUUGUUGUUACCCCCCCAAAAGAUAACAGUGGAUGUACCUGAGAAAAACAUGUCUGCAAACGUCUUCACUAUCCAGAGCAGACUCAAAGAAUCCACUGAUCUCUGCAAUAGUGACACAGUCGAUGAGAAAAGACAUUCAAGCAAGUAUAUACAGGCUCGCCAGACAGGAACAUCCCGUCAGUCCAGCAGCCUAAGGGAUGAGGUAGAGAGGCUGUCGAUGAUAUUCUCUCAGCCUGGGUUUGAUGUUAAGUCAGUCAACUGUCUCCAGAACAGUCAAACCGCUUCUGUCGUCAGCACAAGUGAAAAAUCCAAGCCAUCUCUUUCUAAUGAUAUUGACCUUCCUAGCAGUUCAGUCAAGGAAACUGGACCAGACCAUGUCAACAGACAAGAGAACACUGUGCUUAUGAAUACAACAAUGGAGAUGACAACUGUAAGUAAUGCUAUUGAAAUAGUCACUGUGGAAACCAAGGCCAAAAAAACAGGCCGCUCUGGCAAACCGAAAAGCAAGAAGAAAAAGGAACAAGAAAAUGGGUCAACUGUGGCUGAAAAUCCACAAGUGAGGAACUCCACAGAUUCUAGGUUGAGUGAGGUACAGAGUGCACCCACUGAGACUUUGUUACAGACAGAUGAACAUGCACUAAAGGAUUUUGCAGAGCCGGAAGUUAUUGAGUCUCAGUUACUAAAAACACAGUGUAGCAGUGGUAUCACCUCUCGCAUUCCCAAACUGAGCAAGUUCGGAGCUUGCAACCCUCAAAAAAUGUCAAAGGACAUAUUCAAAGACCAUGACUCUACCAUGUCAAAGACAGAGUCCUGUGACAUUGUCUUACCAGACCUGGAUGAUUAUUUCAUGGAUCCUGAAAACCACUUUUCCAAAGCCAAAGAAAGUGUGAAAUUACCACCAGAGAAAAAUAUUGCUGAAGAGGCGAGAUCUAAAAUCAAAUGCAGGAGGUCCAAGACCAAACAUAAGAGGAUGUCAUUUGUCACCAGGAAAACUUUUGUGACCUUGCCUUCGUCAUCUCAGGAAAGUGAGAACAGUCAGUCCAAAUUGGAAUUGGUCCAUAACAAAGUGGAAGAAGAAGUUAAGGAAAAAUAUGAAUCACCCAAACACCAGGAACCACCUGAGGAGUUUCUGUUUAAUGCAGAUGAGGUCACACAUCCAGAGACAGAACAUGAGAGCCCUCCUCCCUCUAUUAGCAAUAAACUACAGAGCAAAAUAGUGAUGGCUACAAAUUCUGGAGGAAGUCACAAAUCAAGAUGCAGAGAGACAUUUGUAAUCUCAGUGGCCAAGGAUAGCACCUCAUACAACAGAGCGUCACCAGAAAUUGUUCCCAUUGAGCAGGACUUUGUUUCUCAUACAGAAUCCAACUGUGAGGCAGAAGAACCAUCAUCAGUCAUGGAUGCAAGUUUUGAAAGGCAGCAUUCAGAGCCAAAUCUACACAGACAUAGAGGUAGAGCCUUUGUUGAGGAAAAACAGAGCUCCUGUAAGCGUCCUUGGGUGGCCACUCAGGAUUCAGGAAGCUUUCAAGAGGACUUGAGUAGCAACGAGAACCAUGACGAAGUGCUGCCGCUGGACCAAGUCUCCACUGCAGGUACAGAGGUUCAGAAACCUAAAAAACCCAGGAGAGAAGAAACUGGCCGAUCCAGCAAAAAGAAAGCCGUGCGGAGGGAGGAAUGUGUUGAUCAUUCAAGUGACAAGAAAAAGAAGAAAAAAUGUAGCCGUGGCAACACAGGAUUCAGGUCUGGGGAUGGAGCAUGUUAUCUUCAGGACGCCAACGAGGCCUUACCUCUCCAUGACAGUGCAUACAUGGAUGACCCUGAAAGAAAUAAAGAACAGUUAGAUGAUUUACAAGUGGUUGACUCACAUUUUGACAUUAUUGAAAAUGAUAACAGCUUUGAACAUUCAUAUAAUUCAAAACCCACCAAGUCAAAGUCGAGGAUGGUUUGGAAUCCUGAACAGUAUAGAACGACAUCCAAACUGCAUACACCAGCAGAAACUAGAAAUACAAGGGAGACGUUUGUUGUCUCUAGGCGGAAAACUCAAGACAGUGUUUCACUAAACAACACGAGGACAUCUAAUGUGUCAGUCGCCUACAGUCACAAGGUAGACACCAGUGAUGAAGCAGUUCAUCAAAAUCUGGGAGACCUGCUGACGGAUGAGAUGCCACCAUGGCUGGCCACAGAUGACAGCACUGUCGACACUGAGGUGGGCUCUUUACUCUAUAGUCCCAAAAGGAAGACAUCAGGUUGGAUGAGAGUGAUUGAGGAGUCUGCUACCAUCACAACUGAAGCCUCUCCAGUUGGAAGAGUCUUAACAUCACUGACCAACACCAUUACAACCCCAGAUAUGGAAAAUAGAGGGAGAACCAGGAGACGAAAUGGUGUCGUCAGUUACAAGGAGCCCACCCUCAACAGCAAAAUAAGGCGUGGAGAUAAAUUCACCGACAGCAUGUUUUUGAGUUCUCCGGUGUGUAAAGACGGCAAGAAGAAGAAGAAGAAGAAGCAGCAGAAGAAGCCAGCGUUGGAAGAAUCCCUUUUGAUUGACUGAUUUUUUUAUUUUUUUAUUAUUCAUUUAUUUAUUUAGUUUUUUUAAGUUGCUAUUUUUCUUUAAUGCUUGAAUAAAGACGUUUUUAAUCAG